AUGAACUUACCAGACGACAUCCUUGACACCGUGGUGUCCGACCUAGACACCAAAAGCCUCCUCAGCUUGUCGCUAUCGUGCAAAAAAUUGCGAGCACAUGCUGUCCCAAAAUUGUAUCGGAGCUUGCUUCUGGUUGACACCAGGUUCAACACAGUGGGUGAAUCCGAGUUCACGAUUCUAAGAACCUCAAAAUUCAGGCAAUUCCUUGAGGCAUUGAAGAGCAACAGGUCCUUAAUAGGUUUGGUCCAACGUUUUCUCAUUGCGUCCCACAGCAACAAUGUUGAAGGACUCGAAGUCCUGGUGGGAAUGUUCAUUGCUUUCAAGUUGAAGAACACCAGUGUCCCCCUUUUGGGGCUCAAGGAAUUUAAGAUCCUAAAUGAGACAACUCCUUACAAAUUCCUGUUCAUGAACAAAGAGUACGUUGCUUCCCAAAACCUGAAGAGAUCAUCCACCUUGUUGUACGAGAAUGACGAAGACGAGUUCAACAAAUACUCGAACUUCGGCCAAGCAAGUUCAGUCGUCUCUUUGCAGAGCUAUCAGCUUGUCAACAUCACAGAUCUCAAUGACGUUUCCGAAGAUGCGCGCGAAAUCUGCAUCAACACUUCCAACCGGUACCAAAAUGCUGGUUUCAUUAUGACAAAAAAGCUGUCGCAAACUUUUGACUCUCUGGAGUCUUUGGAAAUUCUCAACUCAGAUGCAGUAAACACUCUUUUUUCCCAAUUGGAUGAUGAGUGUGUAAGAUUUGAGUCGCUGAACAGGCUGUCAUUGAAUAUCAAAGACUUGCAUAUUGUGCCAGCAGUGGCAAGAUGUGUGGAUCUUGCCAAACUAGAUCGGUUUGAGCUGAAGUUCAAGCAAACUUCUAUUGGCGAAGAAAGCGAGGAGAUCAACCUUCGCAUGGUGAACCUUUUUAAAGGUCAACUCGAAAACCUGAAGCAACUUUCCUUGGUGCAUCUAAAUUCGAAUAAUCUGCUCAAAAACCAAUCUCAGACAUCGCAGUUGGUUCUCAGCAACUCCAAUCUAUCGUAUUGCAUUAUGGAACAUCUGGAUAUAUUCAGUCCUUCCAUCACUUACCUCAACCUGAGCAUGAACAACUUCGCAUAUUUACCACCAAUCAGCAUGAGCUACCAAGAUAGAAUGACACACUUUAUCGUUGACCAGAACUUCUUAGAGACUAAAGUUCGUCAAUUUAAUAAGAUACUUGCAUGCAACCGUCUGGAGACUUUAAUGAUUCCAGAUUUCUUUUACAAUUGGAAACCUUUCAUAGCAAUAAAUCGGGAGGUCAAAAAUCAGCCACAACUGAACGCGGUCGAGUAUCUUUAUACUGGGUGCAACUGCCGUAAAUGCGUGGAGACUCGACAACUGCUAUCCCGAUACUCCGAAAAGCUCAGUUUUGGUGGCAAGGACCUGGCUUCCACUUACAACUUUUUAAUCGGACUUUUGCAUACUCGUUUGACCAAAUUCGAAACGAGCUCCGGUUUGGACAUCCUCAAGUAUCCCGUCCUGGACCCUAUCGAAGUCUCGCAUUAUGGCUAUUUGGACAUCGAUAUUUCAAGGGUGGUACAAUUGAUCCUGGACAAUAUGCUUGAAGAUCUGAGUUUCUUUGUCCAGAAGCUCCCAAAGCUAAGAAUUCUUAGUCUUGGCGGUAUUCAGAUAUCGAUUCAGCGCACCCAAAACGAAAUCAAGAUGAGGGCCGUUCAAGAUCGUUGGAGCUCAGUUUUGCGUCGAUCGACCUAG